UUACGGAUAGCCAUUUUUAAUAAUUGCUGAUAACGUGAGGUGUCGGCAACGACUGUUUGUGUUAAGUUUUUAAUUUUUAUAUACAGUAAAAAUGACUUCAACAACUCAAAGUGACAACGAGUUGAAAAGGUUAUUGAACAAUCCAGUGAAAAAUGUCACAGAUGAAGUCUCUAUGGCUCCACCCCUUUCGACAAACGUUCCGAGACCAAGUACAUCACAAAAUGUUAAUCCACAAUCCAUGAUGAACCCUAUGCUUCCAGCAUUCAGUAAAAAGGAAUCCAUACAGCCAUCGUUACAAAAUAUAGUAUCAACUGUCAACUUGGGGGUGGAAUUGAAACUCAUGUACAUAAACACUAGAACAAGAAACUCUGAAUAUAAUCCUGCACGUUUUACUGGACUCAUAAUGCGAAUACGAGAUCCGAGAUCAACAGCUCUGAUAUUCAGGUCUGGUAAAUUAGUAUGUACUGGUGCAAGAUGUGAAGAAGACUCGUAUCUAGCUGCGAGAAAAUUCGCCAGAAUUAUACAAAAAUUAGGAUUUCCAGUAAAGUUCAUGAAUUUUAAAAUCCAUAAUAUUGUCGCUACUUGUGAUCUCAAGUUUCCCAUCAAAUUGGAAAACUUGAAUCACAUGCAUGGUCAGUUUUCCAGUUACGAACCCGAACUUUUCCCUGGCUUAGUAUACCGCAUGGUUUUGCCGAGGGUUGUACUCCUAAUAUUUGUAAAUGGAAAAAUUGUCCUGACUGGUGCCAAAAGUCGGGCGGAAAUACAAGAUGCUUUAUCGAAUAUACAUCCCAUACUAAAAAGUUUUAGAAAACAAUGAAGAAUCGACAAAAUUUCACCCAUCACUCAUUAUGAUAUUAGAUUAGUCAAUUUUUGUACAUUAUACUGAAUCAAAUAAAACUGUGAUUAUUUAUUGUUAAA